AGGUCACAACGUCUCGCUGUGGAAGACUGGUACAGAUGCUUGCAGGGAUUUUGCUAGUACACUGAAGAAAUAUUUGACCCAUGUGAGUGACCACUGUCCAGCAGGCUCAAAUGACUCAAAUGAAUAGACCACAAUGAAGAUAGAUAUCCACAACCACAUUCUUCCAGAAACCUGGCCAGAUCUUAAGGAGAGAUAUGGCUAUGGAGGAUGGGUAUCUUUGGAGGGCCAUUGUGCUGGAAAGGCCAAUAUGAUGAAAGAUGGGAAAUUAUUUCGUGUGGUCGACCAAAACUGCUGGGACCCUGUGACAAGAAUAAAAGAUAUGGACAGUACAGGCGUAGCAGUGCAAGCUUUGUCCACUGUGCCUGUUAUGUUCAGUUACUGGGCCAAGCCAGAGGACACACUAGAUCUCAGUAAAAUAUUGAAUGAUGACCUGGCCACCACCAUUAAUAAACACCCAGAUAGAUUUGUUGGUUUGGGUACGCUCCCCAUGCAGGCGCCAGAGUUAGCAGUACAAGAACUGAAACGGAGCAAGCAUGAACUAGGUUUUCCAGGAGUACAGAUAGGGUCUCAUGUCAAUGACUGGAACUUGGAUGCUCCAGAGUUACGGCCAGUAUUCAAAGCUGCAGAAGAAAAUGAUGUGUCUAUAUUUGUUCACCCUUGGGACAUGCACCUUGACGGAAGGAUGUCUAAGUACUGGCUGCCAUGGCUAGUAGGUAUGCCAGCAGAGACCACCACCGCCAUAUGUGCUAUGAUAUUUGGAGGGGUGCUGGAGAGAUUUCCAAAACUUAAAGUCUGUUUUGCACAUGGAGGAGGUGCAUUUCCAUACACAAUUGGCCGUAUAGAGCAUGGCUUCAAUGUACGACCAGAUCUGUGUGCUACUGAGAACAGCGUCAACCCCAGAAAAUAUCUGGGGCAGAUCUACACAGACUCCCUGUGCCAUGAUCCCUUGGCCUUGAAACUAUUAGUGGAUGUCAUGGGCAAAGAUCAAGUUAUCCUGGGCAGUGACUACCCAUUUCCACUUGGUGAGCAUCAUCCUGGCAAACUCAUUGAAUCCAUGGAGGACUUUGAAGAUGAUCUCAAGUAUCCUCCAUCUCUGCUGAGGAUGGUGGUGUUUGUUUUUAAAGAGGGCUCCUAUGAUAUCAAUGAGCAUGGUGUCCUCUUGUCUCAGUACAAGUCUUUACAUGCAAG